CAUCGGUCUUGUGCGAUUUGCGAAUAACAGUGAAAUCAUAUCAGAACAGUGACACGAUGCCUUGCGCGGACCACAACAUCAUGAUGACAACCCUUAGUGUUCGCUCUGAUGACAGUCGCAGCAUAUCACCUGUAACUCCUACACUUUUCAAGGAAACACGAGGGAUAAAGCUCUUUCGAGCAAUCAGCCGCAAACUUGGAAAACUUUCCAACGAGAAUAUGAAUUACUACGAAGAUGACAGCAGAUCAUCCAGCACAGAUUCAUGUUCUAUGACCUCCAGUGAGAGAAGAUGCUCAAGAAAACAAGAAAAAGAUGCAUCAGGAUAUCGAUAUGUUACUUCUAAUCACAUAUCCAGCAGUUCUAGUGACACUGGUAGCGAUUUUCAACAAACCAGACAUCGACAUCAUCAUUCUUCAUCUGCAGAGAGUAUCCGACAUAUAUUUCAAAAUUUGGAUCUCAGCACUAGGUCGCAAAGCUGCAAUUCGAAAGAUGUAAAAAGAAAGGCAACAAAGAAGACAACCCCUAAAAAAAUUCUCAGAUCUCCUGUUGCUUACACUUAUGUGAGAGGACUAUCAGGAUUACCAACACAAAGAGUACCUAAGAGGUGUAUGAGUAAUUAUUAUACAUGUGGAUGUAAUACUUCUUAUAUGGGACUGAAUAGAUAAUCAUAUUUGGUACUGAUAACAUCAAAUUGAUUCAUGGAAUUAUAAGACUGGCAAUAUCUCAUUCAAAUUCUCUUGAAUCGGGGAUGAGUUUGUAUAUAAUAUUAGAAUAUUAAAAUUUGUACAAAAAAUUUUCAAAUCAACAUUGUAUAUAGAUUAACAUUUUUAUACUGACUAUACUUCAAAGUAUGUCCAUUUGUUAUACGUAAAUAAAAUACAUUAUAAAGAUUCUUUGUUAUAAACUAGACGUAAGGUUCCAUUUAAAGCACUCAUUCUCAAUAGUCGAAUUCAAAGUUCCAAUUGAAAAGUAUUUAAAGGCUUCAUCUUUCACAAACUGAUUUCACAAAAUGACUGCACAUGGAAAGUUUAUAACGGAAAUUUUGAAU